GGAUGAAGAGUUGGCUCGACAGCUGGUGGAAUUGGGAUAUAGGGGAAGUGGAGAGGUGCUGAAAAGAGAAGAGUUUGAAAAGAGGAAGGCAACUGCUGAGGCUGCAAGAAUUGCUAAAAAAAGCCAAAAGAACAUUCUGCUUUAUUUUAGUUUUCCGACAUCCGCAUUCACUAGUCUUCAGUGUCCUGCCUCAACGACUACCAUCCUGUCGCACUCACAUCCAUCAUCAUGAAGUGUUUCGAGAGGCUCGUCAUGAGGCACAUCAAGACCCUGCUGCCCCCCUCACUGGACCCCAUGCAGUUGGCAUACCGUCCCAACCGUUCAACAGACAAUGCCAUUGUUAUCACCCUCCACCUGGCCCUAACCCACCUGGACAAAAAAGACACGUAUGUUUGAAUGCUGUUCAUAGACUUCAGUUCAGCAUUCAACACAAUCAUUCCUCAGAAACUGAUUGGAAAGCUGAGCCUACUGGGCCUGAACACCUCCCUCUGCAACUGGAUCCUAGACUUCCUGACUGGGAGACCUCAGUCAGUCCGGAUUGGAAGCAGCAUCUCCAACACCAUCACACUGAGCACGGGGGCCCCCCAGGGCUGUGUACUCAGUCCACUGCUGUUCACUCUGCUGACCCACGACUGUGCUGCAACACACAGCUCGAACCACAUCAUCAAGUUCGCCGAUGACACGACUGUGGUGGGUCUCAUCAGCAAGAAUAAUGAGUCAGCAUACAGAGAGGAGGUGCAGCGGCUAACGGAUUGGUGCAGAGCCAACAACCUGUCUCUGAAGGUGAACAAAACAAAAGAGAUGGUUGUUGACUUCAGGAGGAUGCGGAACGACCAUUCUCCACUGAACAUCGAGGACCCCUCCGUAGAAAUCGUUAAGAGCAUCAAAUUUCUUGGUGUUCACCUGGCGGAGAAUCUCACCUGGUCUCUCAACACCAGCUCCAUAGCAAAGAAAGCCCAGUAGCAUCUCUACUUUCCGCGAAGGCUGAGAAAAGUCCAUCUCCCACCCCCCCCCAUCCUCACCACAUUCUACAGAGGUUGUAUUGAGAGCAUCCUGAGCAGCUGCAUCACUCCCUGGUUCGGAAAUUGCACCAUCUCGGAUCGCAAGACCCUGCAGCGGAUAGUGAGGUCAGCUGAGAAGAUCAUUGGGGUCUCUUUUCCUGCCAUUAGAGAC